CAGGUUGCGCACAUUCGAGUUUGGUAACUCGUGGGGAGUACAUCGAAGAUCACAAAAUGAGCACGGAAAAGUGGGAGGACAACGAGGAAAUCAAAAUAUUCCGGGAAUAUUUGCGUAUAGCAACGGUGCAGCCAGAUGUGGACUACACUGAGUGCGUGGAGUUCCUGAAGCGCCAGGCCCACAGCCUGGACCUGCCAGUUGAUGUCAUACAUCCCGUGGAGGCCAAACCCGUGGUGAUCAUCAAGUGGCUGGGAACCGAACCGGAACUGCCCUCCAUUGUGCUGAACUCGCACAUGGAUGUGGUACCCGUUUUCCGUGACAAGUGGACCCACGAUCCCUUCGCAGCCAACAUAGACGAGGAGGGCAGGAUCUUUGCCAGGGGCGCGCAGGACAUGAAAUCGGUGGGCACUGGAUACCUGGGUGCCAUUCGCCUGCUCAAGGCCAGUGGGGUCCAGCCCAAGCGCAACGUCUUUGUGACCUUUGUGCCCGAUGAGGAGAUCGGUGGGGCCCUGGGAAUGCAGGAGUUCGUAAAGACCGAAUACUUCAGCAACAUGAACGUGGGCUUCAGUCUCGACGAGGGCGGCCCCAGCGAAAUUGACCUGUUCUACGUGUUCUACGCCGAACGCAUGCGAUGGGGACUCAAACUGAACUUCAGUGGAACCUCCGGACACGGCUCCAUGCUGCUGCCCAGUACUGCCGGUGUGAAACUGAACUACGUGCUGAACAAGCUGACGGAGUUCCGCGAAUCGCAGGUCCAGCGGUUGGCCAGGGAUCAGACCAUUAACAUCGGCGAUGUGACCACCAUCAAUCUCACCCAGCUGAGCGGAGGAGUCCAGAGCAACGUGGUACCCCCUCAUUUCGAGGCUGUGUUCGACAUGCGCCUGUCCAUCACCCUAGAUGUUGAGGCCUUCGAAAAGCAGAUCCACGAUUGGUGCGAGGAGGCCGGUGGCGGCAUUGAGAUCUCCUUCGACGAGAAGGAGCCCUAUGUGGCACCCACCAAGAUCGACGACUCCAACCCCUUCUGGCUGGCCUUCAAAGCUGCAACCGAUGAACUUGGCCUGAAGAUCUACCCCAUUGUGUGCCCCGGUGCCACCGACAGCAGGAAUAUUCGGGCCAAGGGCAUCCCUGCCUUGGGAUUCUCCCCCAUUAAGAACACCUCCAUGCGCCUCCACGAUCACGACGAGUACUUGGGAGCCGAAACCUAUUUGAAGGGCAUUCAAAUAUACGAGAAAAUUUUGGGCAACCUAGCCAAAGUCUGAAAAACUAUUCGAAAUACCGCCUGCGAACCUUAUCAUAUAAAGAUUGAUGAUUUUGUUAUAAGUUGAUACAAAAAUUCCCGCCUUUCCUAUCUUAUCUGCCCCGAAUUAAACGGAUAUAUUCACAAAGAGA